AUGGGUGCCAAGGAAGUCGUCUCCAAUCUCGCAAAGGCUUUUGCUAAUUCUCCUCUUGCCAAGUACACCAAGUAUUUGAAUCCAUACACUCCAGCAAGAUAUUGGGCUGAUCAAGGAAAGAAGGAAUAUGCCAUCAUUUACUUCUUCUCCUGGUAUGUCCUUGCCGGACUCUACUUUGCCAACAAGGGAAAGAAGAAUCCAGAACAAAAGUAA